AUGCUGGCGAAUGUCACUGUCAACCAGACCUCGCUGGCCACACGCAGCCUCUACAGCGAGUUGCUGCAGGAGCAUCCGUCUGACAUUCACUAUUCGAUGUUGGUGGCACGAGGAGUGAUGGUGGCUCGGGUGGAAGUCCAAGUCGAGGUAAAUCUCCCCGGAUUCAUGGAGAACAGUACCUGGGGUCUCACCGUGAAACAACUACAGGACUUCGUUACGAUCCCUGGCGCCACGUUCAGCACGCUGCUUGUCAACGGGACCGACGAAUGGGACGGCUCCACGGUCAGGUGUCUGCUCUACACCACUGGCGGCACCACGUUCACCAACAACUUCACCGUCGUGAUCGGAUCGGCCCUGCCCACCACUGGCGGCGAUUCGGGGUCGGACGAUGCAGCGCUGAUUGGAGGCAUUGUUGGGGGCGUGGGCGGAGGCCUGCUCGCGUGCCUCUUGCUGCUCCUGGUGAUCGCUGUAGCGUUGGUGGCCACCCGACGGCGGAAGGCAGCCUACCAUAAGCUCAGGCAGCCGGACUACGAGGAGGUGGCGUUCGGCGACGUCAAGGGCGACGUCACCCUGCCCAAGAAGCAGGCCGAGGAGUAUCGGCAACUGGAACAGCUGCUGGCCAAUCCAGACCAUCGACUCGCCCUCGCCAUCUGCGAAGUUGCCAGCAUUGGCGAGCGAGACGCUGUAUACCGGGCGCUGCUGCGAGUGCUGGCAGGCCAGUUCCAGGCCUACAACUUCAUCGCGCGCACCAUCACUCUCGAGGUGGCAUCGGCCGACGAGGAGGGCACACUGUUCCGGUCCAACAGCGCGGCGGCCAAGCUCUUCACCCUCUACAUGAAACAGAUCGCGCUCAAGUAUCUGUGGCACGUGUUGGUGCUGUCGCUCCACGCGCUCAACGACAACGCCGUCGACAACGACCACAGUGCGUACCCUAUCCUGACCUGUUGA